AUGUAUGAUGCAAGAAUUGCAUUCAAUGCUGUUAAGUGUGAUAGCUUUGCCGAGGUUGUUGAAGCAUUUGGACAAUAUAGUCCUGGCAUGAAACCACCUAGUUAUUAUGAGGUGAGAGUUCCUUUACUUAGGAAGGAAUUGGAUAAUACCAAUGCUUUGAUGAAUGACUAUAGAGAGGAGUGGUCAAAAUUUGGAUGUUUAUUAAUGGCAGAUGGGUGGAUAGACAAGAGAUGGAGAACAUUGCUUAAUUUCCUGGUAAAUAGUCCAAGGGGAACCAUGUUUAUUGAAUCGAUAGGUAUUUCUUCUUUUUCAAAUGAUGAUGAAAAGAUGUUUGACUUACUUAAUAAAUUUAUAAACCGCAUUGGAGUAGCAAAUGUCAUCCAAGUCGUCACAGAUAAUGAAUCAAGCAAUAAGUAUGUCGGAAGGAUGUUAGAGAAAGAACACCCAUAUUUGUAUUGGACACCAUGUGCUGCUCAUUGCUUAGACUUGAUGUUGGAAGACAUUGGGAAAAUACUGUCUAUAUUUAGAACAAUGCAGAAGGUAGUGGAGUUGAAUAGUUAUAUUUAUAUGCGUCCAAAGUUGUUGAACAUUAUGAGGAACUUUACUCACAAAAAGAAGCUGCUUAGGCCAGCUAAAACUCAAUUUGCUACAUGUUUCAUCACAUUAUCAAUUUUGAGAUUAUUUGAUGGCAAGAGAAAGCCUCCCAUGGGAUACAUUUAUGCGGCUCUGGAUAGGGCUAAAGAAGCCAUUGCAAAAUCAUUUGGGGAAGUAGAAGACAAAUACAAGGAGAUUUUUGAAAUAAUUGAUAAGAGGUGGAAUGUUCAACUUUAUCGCCCUUUGCAUGCAACAUGUUAUUAUUUGAACCCAGAGUACUUUUAUUCAAAUCCAAAAAUUGAAGAAGAUGAAGACAUUGCAAAGGGUUUGUAUGCAUGCAUUGCAAGGUUAGUCUUAGAUGUCAAAGAACAAUACAAAAUUACUGAGGAGCUAUCCUUAUAUUCUAAAGCUAAGGGCCUCUUUGGUAAUCCCUUUGCUAUUAGACAGAGAAGUACACGAGGACCAGCUAAUUGGUGGGAAGCUUAUGGCAAGUUAACAAAACUUCUCCAAAAGUUUGCUAUAAAGCUUCAUAACAAGAGAAGAAAUAGGCUUGCUCAAAUAACUUUGAUUGAUUUAGUGUUCAUCAAAUAUAAUAGAGCAUUGAGGCGUCGAUAUAAUAUGCGUGACAAUCUUGAUCCCAUUUUACUCGAUGACAUUGAUGAGAGCAACGAGUGGUUGACGGGGAGGAUGGAUGAUUCUGAUGCAGAACAUGAUCUAGUUUUUGAAGAUGAUUCCUUGACAUGGGGUGAUGUUGCUAGUGUUGCUAGUAUUGGAGAGGAUAGUAGGCCGCACUGGUUUAUUAGAUCAAAUUCUAGUUCUAGUUCACGGUUACCAACAAAGGGAGCAUGA